GGGGGUGAGGGCUGGCCUUAAAGGUUAGCGAGACCAGCCGGUCGAAGGUGGGAGACAUUUGGGGCGCGUCGCUCUGUUGGUCUGCAAGGCCGGGAAAGCAAGAAGGCCAUGUCAUCAGUAAAAAUAGAGUGUAUUGUGCAAGAACGUUGCAAGAUUGGAGAGUCGCCACUAUGGGAGGAAAAGGACCAUUCACUCCUCUUUGUGGAUAUCAGUGGCAAAAAGGUCUAUCGCUGGAAUUCCCUUACUAAGGAAGUGGAGAGGGUUUCCGUUGAUGCUCCGGUGAGUUCGAUAUCGCUUCGUAAAUCUGGCGAUUACAUUAUAACCCUGGGAACCCAGUUUGCUACAUUAAACUGGAGUAAGAAGUCUGUAACCACUAUUACCCAUAUUGACAAGGAUAAACCCAACAACCGAUUCAAUGAUGGUAAAGUGGAUCCUGCAGGAAGACUGUUUGCAGGUACAAUGGCGGAGGAGAUUCGACCUGCAGUGCUAGAGAGACAGCAGGGUUCUCUUUACACUCUCCUCCCUGAUCACUCGGUGGUGAAGCACUUUGAUAAGGUGGACAUCUCCAACGGUUUGGACUGGUCGCUGGAUCACAGAACGUUCUUUUACAUCGAUAGCCUCUCCUACUCUGUGGAUGCAUUUGACUAUGACCUUCAAACUGGAAAACUUGCCAAUCGCAGGCAUAUGUACAAGAUGGAAAAGGAAGAGAGCAUUCCUGAUGGGAUGUGCAUUGAUAGAGAAGGGAAGCUCUGGGUGGCUUGCUAUGAUGGAGGAAGAGUGAUCCGUAUAGAUCCAGAGACAGGAAAACGGCUCCAGACAGUGAAACUGCCUGUCAACACUACUACGUCCUGUGCCUUUGGAGGAGACGAUUACUCAGAAUUGUAUGUCACUUCUGCUUGCCAAGGAAUGGAUGAGGCCAGGUUGUCUCAGCAGCCCCAGACUGGUGGCGUAUUCAAGAUAACUGGACUUGGAGUAAAAGGAAUCCCACCAUUUUCAUAUGCAGGUUAAUGAUUACUCUGGAAGGGAAACAGCAUCAAGAAGGAGAGAAAUGUCAAGAUAUGCACGCUUGGAAACUUCUCUCUUUUUAAAAGAGGGGUAAACUAAAAACCCUCCAUCAAAUUUAGAUCAGUUCCUUCUCUGUUAACAUGGGAAAAUGCAGUUUUUCUUCUACUAAAAUAAUUUCGUUCUGAAUAGAACUGGAAAUAUAUGAAAACUCAAAACAU